AUGCCAAUUAUAUUAGAUCAACCUGAAUCAGAUUCUCAUACGAGCACUUCGAGAAAUUUAAACAUGUUAGAUUUAGUUAAUAAACCUUCCGAUUACAACAAUACCAUAGAACAAAAUUUUUCAGAAGGAAUUCAUCUGGAUAUAAGAGAUUUAGAUGAAGAAAACAAAUUACAUAAAAGUGAAAAUAUCGAUGGAGAAUUCAAAAAGGAUUGGAACUUGCAAAAAUAUGUACCUGAUGAUAUGUUUGAAAAUGAUAAAAUAGAUAAUUUCUCUUGCAGUGCAUUCAAAGGAAAAAAAAAUGAUUUAAAUAAAUAUGAUUAUAAAAAAAUAAAAAAAAAAGAUAAAACAAAUUAUAAAAAUUGUGUUAACAUGUCAACUGUGAACUUUUCAAACAACGAUUUAAACACGAGUGAAGUUUUUUUAAAUAAACAGUGUAAAGAAAAAAAUGGUGAUGGUAAAAAUAAAAAAUACUCAAACAAAUCAUCAAAGGAAAAAGCAUAUUUGAUAAAAAAAAAUUACAAACCCAUAGCUCCAUAUCCAUCAUCGAAUGAUCAAAAAUUAUCAGUGAUUCCAACCCCUGUUCCCAAAUUAAUUAAUCCUCAAGUUAAUCCGAUAUUGAUUGUUAAAAUCGAUGAUCAACAACAGCAAGGACUCAAUGAUGAAAAGCAAAAAAUGCAGGAUUAUUUAGAUUACAGUGAUAAAAGAAUACAAGAUCCUGAUUAUGUGCAAUCAUACAGUUAUGAAACAACAAUCGAUAAUGAUUACGAUUUGAAAAACAUGAAAAAUUUUAUGUCUAAAACAAAGUGUUACAAGUGUUACAAUUGUUCAUUUAUAACAUUAAGUAAAGAUUUUUUAAAUUAUCAUUUUCAAAAAAAACAAAAGUGUUAUAGUAAUAAUGAAGUUUUUCAUUGUCCAGGUUGUAAAAAUAUUUUUUUUUCAUUGACUCCAUUGAGAGUUCAUUUAGUUCACGAUCACAAAAUGCUUUCAAAAGAAGUUAAAACAAUUUUACAGAGUGUUCAAGAAGUGAGAUUUGAAGUAGAGGGAGAAAAAUCAUCUUGUAUAUUUCAAUCGAAUGAAUUUAACACCAUGAAAGAAAAUUUAUUUAAUUCAAAUUCGAUUCCCGAUUUAGAUAUGCCUAUUAAUGUCGAGAACAGGAGUGAAAUUGAAAAAACCUUUAAUGCCAUACCUCCUGAUAAGCAUGUGCCUGAUGGUAGAGAAAUAGAACGGUGUGUAAAUGGGAAAAGGCAAACAAUGUUAGAAUCAUAUUUGGAUGAUAUCAAUAACAAAGCUCCUGUUAGUGAGCAACUUCCGUCCAUUCAACCACCUCCAGCUCAUUCAGCUUCGAAUCCACUUUUAGAUCAAUCUCAUUUAAUGAUUGAACAUCAAAAUCAUGGAUAUAUUGGAAUGGCCAAUGUUUUCGAUAGCAGAGAGAACGGUGCGUACAAGGCAAACGAAUCUCACCAUUAUGAAGAUAAUGAAAACAUAAUAUUAUCAAAUGAUAAUUACCUUCAAUCCCACAUCCAAGACAUUCCGGUUAUUAAUUUAGAUGAAAACAAUUUGGAAAAAUCAAGUUCUGGAAUUUUAAGUCACGAUAUUAACAUCGAAGAUUUUUCAACUUAUCACGAAAACGAACCUCCGCCACCUCAAUUGGAUCCUGGACAAAAUCAAUGCGUACUACCACCAAAUACGGAAGAUCAAGAAGAGAAAAAAAAAUUGAAAAAAUUAGGGGUGGGAUACAGAUGUGAUAUCAACGGCUGUAAAGUUCGAUUGCAAUCUGAAAAAAAUAUUCAAUAUCAUCGAAGGUGUCACGAAGGAACAUUGUACAAUUGUCCCGAAUGUUGUAAGGAUUGUUCGACAUGGGUAUCGUUAAGCAGUCACCUUUGGCAAGCACACAAAAUCGAUAUGGAAUUGUAUAAAUGCGAUCAAUGUCCGUACAAAACGCCGAGUUAUAGCAGAUUGACAAACAUACAUCGAGGAAUCCACGGGAAAGCUCGACCGUUUUUAUGCGAUAUUUGCGGGAAAGGAUUUAAAACGGUUAAACAAAUGAGAAAUCAUAAAGUAAUAUUGUUUUCAUUGGCUUUCGAACGAAACAUACACAAAGCGAAAAUGGUUAGAAUGUCGGUUUGUCAUUGCGAAAUAUGCGGUAGAACAGUGGCGGAUAAAAGACAAUUGGAACUUCACAUUAACAACACUCAUAAGAAAAAAAAACCUUAUUUGUGUUACAUGUGUGGCUACGCAUCGGCCGUCAAACAUUCUUUGGUCGUACACAUGAGAAGGCACACAGGUGAGAAACCUUAUCAAUGUGAAAAAUGCGAAUAUAAAACGGCCGAUCACAAUGCUCUCAGACGUCACAAAAUGAAACAUAGCGGUGUCAGGAGUUAUAAAUGUAAUCAUUGUACCUACACGUGCAUACAGGCUUCCACUUAUAAAGUUCACAUAAAAACAAAACAUCCCGGUUUGGAAGCAGACGUUAUAUUCAGUUGUAGCCAGUGCAAUUUUCAAACUUUAAAUCGGGGAUCUUAUCUCUCGCACACGUCGGAACAUGAAAAUUUUAACGGUCAGGAAAUGAGAAAAUCCGCGAGGUGUAUGAAUUCCAGGCAGGAAGUACAAACGAACAUGGAUUAUUACAACAACGAAAACAAUCGUUUGGAUUUAGUGGGACCAAUUAUUUCGGAAAGGGUUGUGGAAACGAUCGUUGAUCUAAGCGGAGCUCACACCCUUUUGGAGCAAGGUGAUUAUUACAACGUUGAAAGACUCGCCGGGGAUCUUGACGAAUCCCAAGAGCUUAAAUUCAAAACGUCUGAAAUUACUUGA